AGAGAAGAUAGUGGAACAUCUUGAUUCCACUAAAUCUUAUGAGAAAUUCAUUGCAGAGGUACUUGACAAGACUCAUAUUUCUCUUCAGGCCAUGUUCUUGGAAUAUAUGAGAGUAAAAGGUAAAAAUGAGUUUGUGAGGGUUCCUGUCAACCCAUCCUUAUUCUACCGAGUUCACAUCUACAUAACUUCCGCAGAUGUCAUACAAGUGGCCACCCAAGAUGAACUUACGGGUUCAGCUAUGUUAUUUGGACUAAGCAAGCAUUGGAUGUUGAUUAUAGCAAUGACAUCGGGAAGAGUUGUAUUCUUAAACCCGCUUAAAUCUAAAAUCCCGUCAGACAUUGCUCAGAUGAUAAAGGCUGCAUAUGCAAAUAUUAGUUCAAAUGCUAUUGUAUUUGGCAAAAAUGGACCGGAGAUAUGGACCUUUGCUUGUCCAAAGCAACCAUACAAUUACGAAUGUGGUUCCUAUGUACUAACUUACAUUCGUGAUAUGCUUCAACAUUCAAAUCCUAUUACAGCCAUAAAAACAAAAAAUUUUCCGCUCCAAAGCGAGGUCCACCAUGCUUCCAUUCUUAAUGAAUCUGACUAUGUUGAUUCUUCCCUUAUAGCCACUGUCGUCUUAUAUUUGCUUUUCACCGUAUACUCACUAUUUUUGCUAAAGUGCCACGGUAUUUAUCUUCAAGAGUGGUGGAACAAAAGGCCCACAAAUAUCAUUAUUCGUAAGCUCUAA